GACGUUACCAACUGAUGCAAAGAGAAGUGGUCCAUCCUGGGUCCCGACUUUGAACAGCUAGCGCGUCAUCCGUGGUGGCUGACCUGUGGUCGCCUGAUAAUCUCUCCACGCAGGAGAAGGGGGCAGAGCAGAAAAGAGAGACAGCAGCAGAUCAAAAUGGGGUCUAUUUAAAGGCUAGGGUAUACAAGUGAGUUUUAAGAUGGGACUUAAAUGCUUCUACUGAGGUAGCAUCUCUAACUGUUACUGGUAGGGCAUUCCAGAGUACUGGAGCCCGAAUAGAAAACGCUCUAAAGCCCACAUACUUUUUGGGGGGGCUCUGGGAUUCACUAAUAAGCCGGAGUUCUUUGAACGUAGAUUUCUGGCCAGGACCAAUGGUACAAUACGAUCAGAAAGAUAAGAUAGAGCUAGACUGUUUAGUAUUUUAUACGUAAGUAGUAAAACCUUAAGGUCGCAUCUUAAGUGCACAGGAAGGUAGGUAGGUAGGUCUUUAUUGUCAUUGCACAAGUACAACAAAACUUUGUUUUCAGCAUAAACCCGUUCAAGAUUAGACAAACAAACACUGUACAGGGUUGCAGAACAGGAACGCUGAUGGGUCGCCACAAGGCCUUCUUCUCCCAAGAGUCCGUCGUGUGUCCAGCAACAACCGCUCCGUCAUGACAAGCAGGUUCCCCCAAACCCAAGAUCUUGUCAAUUUUGUUGAGGCCAGUUGAAUAGUUCUAAUGUUUAGAUUUGGAGAGCAGUACAAAAAGAGGAAACAAGAAAGUUAAGACAAGACAAGACAAAGAAGCAAGCGGGAGAGGAAAGGGAAGCGUCCGCCCUCGAUGAGUGCCAGUGAGAAAGUCAAAGUGCCAGUGCAGCGUCUAUGACCACCAUUUGCCUGUCGUCGAUGAAAUGAUGUAUCAACCGGCGAGGAAAGACUUCAUUUCUCUGACUCUCACCGACCAAAACUGUCACAUUUACAACAACGGCAAACACCGGAAGCAAUCCUGCUGGAGGAAAUGGAAGCAGCUGUCUCGACUACAGCGAAGCCUCAUUCUUGUUCUUUUUGCUUUGUUACUCAUUCUGGGAUUACAGUCUUUUCCCCACAUGUCAUUGCAAAGGAGAGAGUUAUCCAGCAAGGAAGACUGGCUGGAGAUGAAUGAAAAUGAGUGGAAGCCUCCAUUUCCUGGUAUUAACUCUGUGUUUGGGCCAAAUGAGAAAGCACCAGCUCCGGUGGUGGGACCAAAUCUUGGUCCAGUUGUAGUUCCAGAUUCUGUUUCAGAGCUUCACAGACCCAACAUACCAGUUUUUCAGAAACCUCCCAUUAUUAAAAAGAUAUUUCCAAACAAGAGGGGUCCACCAAGCCUUCAGAAGAAUAGGAAUGUUUCAGACACGUUUGUCAUGCCAAGACCAGAACAAGAUGAAGAAAGGGACAAUGGGCAGAAACAAGAAAAGGUGGUCAGCUGGCGAGGUGCAAUAAUUGAAGCGGUUCAGGUUACUGAGCCCCCACCCUCUGUUAAUGAGAAGGACAAUGCUGCCCACCUGGUACCAGACAUCCCAGCUAAUACUGCUCCAGGUACUGCUUCAGCUGUAACUAACAUAGAUAGACUGGAAGCUGUGCGGGAUUCUUUCAGACAUGCAUGGAAGGGCUACAAGGACUACGCCUGGGGUCAUGAUGAGCUCAAGCCUAUCUCAAAGUCUUUUGGCGAAUGGUUUGGGCUGGGCUUGACCCUCAUCGAUUCCUUGGACACCAUGUGGAUCAUGGGUUUAAAAGAAGAAUUUGCAGAGGCAAGGCAAUGGGUAGAGAAGGAGCUCUCCUUCAACCAAAAUGUGGAUGUAAAUCUGUUUGAGACAACCAUACGUGUCCUUGGGGGGCUGCUGAGCACAUAUCACCUAUCUGGAGACCAGCUGUUCCUUGAUAAAGCUAAAGACCUCGGGUCCAGGUUAAUGCCUGCCUUCAAAACGCCCUCAAAGAUCCCGUUCUCUGACGUCAACAUCGGUAAAGGAACGGCCCACCCCCCUCGAUGGACAUCUGACAGCUCUAUGGCUGAGGUCACAAGCAUUCAGCUGGAAUUUAGAGAGCUGAGCCGCCUCACACAGGAACCACUGUACAAGGAUGUUGUAGAUGAGGUGAUGAUGAAGGUCCACAAGCUGCCGGGCAAACACGAUGGUCUGAUACCCAUGUUCAUCAACACCAACAGUGGCCAGUUCUCUCACAGAGGCAUCUACACACUGGGCGCGAGGGCGGACAGCUACUAUGAAUACCUGCUCAAACAGUGGAUCCAAGGAGGCAGGAUGGAAGAUGCGCUGUUGGAGGACUACAUUGAAGCAAUCAAUGGAGUUAAAAAACACCUUGUGAGACAAACUGCGCAUCACAAAUUAACAUUUGUUGGAGAGCUCUCCCAUAACCGCUUCAGUCCCAAAAUGGACCACUUGGUGUGCUUUCUGCCAGGAACCUUGGCACUGGGUGCCCACUAUGAUCUUCCAGGAGACCACAUGGAUUUAGCUGUAGAGUUAAUGGAGACUUGUCACCAGAUGUACACACAGAUGGAAACGGGACUCAGUCCAGAGAUUGCACACUUCAACCUGCAUUCGGAUGAUGGUCAUGAUAUUUUUGUUAAGCCUGCAGACACGCACAACUUGCUGAGACCAGAAACAGUGGAAAGUCUCUUUUACAUGUACAGGUUUACAAAAGACCCUAAGUACAGAGACUGGGGAUGGGAAAUUCUGCAGAAUUUCAACAAGUAUACCAAGGUCUCAGAUGGCGGCUACACGUCCAUCAACAACGUCCGUGACCCUGAGAACCCAGAGCCCAGGGACAAGAUGGAAAGUUUUUUCCUAGGUGAAACAUUGAAGUACUUUUACCUUCUUUUCUCUGACGAAAUGGAGCUUCUCAGUCUGGACAAAUAUGUGUUUAACACCGAGGCCCACCCACUCCCUAUAUGGCCCUCUGCGCCCAAGUGAUGGUACCAUUAGAGGAGAUGUUUAAAGAUCUGACCACAAGGUCUAGUGAGACUGAAAGCGUUUCUCAGAUGUGUUUCUGUGAAACCAUCGCUACUGGCCAGCAACACAGGUCUGUACUGGCCAUCUUGUACUUUGGUUUAUUUUGCACAGGGAGGAAUUAAUUUGAGAUGUUUCAUAAGAAAAAGGUCUGAGCCGGUCUCUGCUGUAAAUAGGUCUGUAAAUAGGGCUAUGGGGUGUUAGGGCUACCACGACUGUGCAAGGUAUUUGUCACCUUAAUGGCGCUGAUACCAAUAGUAUGUAAGAAGUCUACAUCUAUUUGUGAUUUUGACAUCAAUGUGACGGUGCGGAGAUAAAAAUGGACCUAUUGUUGGGAAAAUCAUUAUUUUAACCCCUGCUGAUUCUUUUGUGUUUAUAAAGCCAGAGUUCAGAAUUAUUGCUAGGUCUUAUUUUAGAAAAAAAGGUCAUACAUUUAUUUGUAUUUGAGUGAAGUAUUAGAUCUUCAGGCAGAGUACUCGGUGGAGAAACCCCUGUCUAAUCACUGUGCACAGUGAUUAGAUGUUUCUUGUAGUUAAGUCACCAGGGUUGCACAUAUUUCAGAAGGGAUUUUGACCCACAACUCUUUACAGAUACUCUCCAAAAUCCUAAAAGUUUUGAUUGGCAACUCGAAGAUUCAGCAUUUCCUACAGAUUUUCCAAAAGGACUGAGCGCUUUUUCUGAAUAUGUUUUGGGCCAGUGCCAUGCUAAAAGUCCUUUGCUCCGUCCUUGUGUCUUUGGGCAAGACGCUUCACCCACUUUGCUCCCAGUACCCACCGACACUGGUGUAUGAAACUGAAUGAAUGUUUGUUGGAGGUCGUAGGUGCAAAUUGGCAGCCACAUUUCUUUCAGUCUACCCCAGGGCAGCUGUGGCUACAAAUGCAGCUUACCACCAUGAAAGUGGAGUGAAUUAACUUUUCUUUCCCAGUGUAACGUACUUUGAGUCACUCGAAAAAAGCUCUAUAUAAAUUUAAUCCAUCAUUAUUAAGAACAAUCCACAACUAGGACUGGGUGGUUCAAACUGACUUCAAACCGACUGCCACAUAUUUUUUAUAUUUUUUACUUAUAGACUGUCCCCUAAAAUUCACCACCGGUUGUGAAGUUUUACAUGACAGCCCGACAGGUGUCGAUAAGCUUUAAAGGGGAACAUUAUCACAAUUUCAGAAGGGUCAAAACCAUUAAAAAUCAGUUCCAAGUGGCUUAUUUUAUUUUUCGAAGUUUUUUUCAAAAUUUUACCCAUCACGCAAUAUCCCUAAAAAAAGCUUCAAAGUGCCUGAUUUUAACCAUCGUUAUAUACACCCGUCCAUUUUCCUGUGACGUCACAUAGUGAUGCCAACACAAACAAACAUGGCGCAUAGAACAGCAAGCUAUAGCGACAUUAGCUCGGAUUCAGACUCGGAUUUCAGCGGCUUAAGCGAUUCAACAGAUUACGCAUGUAUUGAAACGGAUGGUUGUAGUGUGGAGGCAGGUUGCGAAAAUGAAAUUGAAGAAGAAACUGAAGCCAUUGAG